GCUUUAGGCUUGGGCAAUGUCAACAAACGGAGUAUUUACACCCUCUCACUUGCUCAGUUAUCUGCCAUAAGGGCUGCAGCUGUAUAUACUUGAUCUCAGUAUUAAAGCCAAGGAGGCGUGCGUCCCAAGUCCUUGACGAAACUCUAAAGAAAAAAACAAUUGAAGGAUUACACCCACGAAUCAUUUCAUCGGAAUGAUAAAAUCAAAUGCCGAUCGAUCGCCCAGUCGUUAUAUCUUAUGUGGAUGAUGAUAAGGAAACGGUUUUAAAAAAAAGGACCUUCGUAACGAGUUUGCAGGCUGCCGGCAUCUUGACUGUGAAUCGUACACGGCUGUCGUCAUCGUCGAAAAUGUCUUGGUCAAGCUCAGCAUCGAGAUCGAGCUCGCCUGCCACUCACAGUUACAGACUGUAUUUCUACGCUGAGGUGGAUUUGCUCAAUGGGAAGGAGCGUUCGAUGACGAAUGAAGAACUGAUUGAAGAACUUGAGAAAUUGGUAGACAAAGAGGAGAAGAUUGAAGAGGUUCUCUAUUACACGAAUCCGCUAAACGGGUGGCAGCUGUACAAAGGCGCGGUCAAACCGUGCUCUUGGCUGGCCUCCUGGAAGGGCAGCGUGCAUCACGCGUACAUUGUUUUCGAAACCAAGAGCUGGUGGUGGUCCAUCGAGAAAAACGACGCCGGCAUCAUCAUUCAGCGGUCGAAGCAAAUUGAAUUCGUUCGCGACAUGCACGUCAGAGUCCGCCGAAAGGAGAACCGCGCGACUGGCAUCGGCUGCGAGAAAAGCAAAACGGCCACGAACAAGACGGUGAAGCAACUCAUUGAACACAUACAUGAAAAAGGCUACGUGAAUGAAAUGUAUCACGCCCUAGAAAAAAACUGCCAGGAAUUUGCCGACAAGAUUUACGAGUUCUUGUGAAAUCGCCGCGGUCAUUUCUGUCCCGCUUCUUUUGAGCAACAUUGCAGAUUGAUUUAGAUUGUACCCACUUAACCUGUCUAACCUCGCGGGGGUACACAAUUGAUAUGAAUAUUCAAUACACGAGAUCGAUUAGAUCGGACGCAAUUCUGCAUAAGUCAAUGAAGUGCCGAGCUAUAGACGGCCGUCUUUUCCCUGUCUAGAAAACGAACCCACUCAUAACCAGUUCCAUCCAUUGACUAAAAUAGUUUUGAUUGAUAUUAGAGUAAAAAAAGAAAGAAAGCUCGGAGUGGUAAUACAUUUAGUCAAAAGUAUUUGAAACAAGGAACUUGUUAGUGAAAACUGGAAACUGGUGAUUCAAUUGAAGAAUGACGCAACCAUGUUGGGAAAUCAGAAAAUAUGUUUGUGCAUUAUGGACCGACAGACUUGUUAUCAGUUGGCUGAAAUUCUGGCCACAAUGACACCAUGACAUACACGAACAUUUUCCCUCGAGUCACAUUUUUUAUCGGUACGGCGUUCGUGAAUGUGAGAAAGCUGCGUCUGAUACACCUUUACAGUGUCCACCAUAAGUGAUCAUUUGCACGUGACGGUUGCUCACGUUCAUCCAACAACAGUCAGCGAAACACUUGACAAUUGAAAUUUGAGUUUACCGUAAUUUGGACAGCAUUUCUAUUUCACCCGUUCUAACAUUUUUGUAAGGUUCUUACAGUAUACUGUAAAACGCACGCCAGCAUUCAUCAUUAUCUACGUUAACUGAUAACAGCAGUUUUGGACCAGCGAAUAAUAGACUAGCUGCGCAAUAGUACACAGCCAGAGAAAAUGGGAUCGUCAAUAAGUUCGUCAAUAAGUUACGGCCAACAUUUUUACUUCGAUCCCAAUGUGGACACCGAGCCCACAAGAGCCGAUUACUGUUCAACCAAAUGGGAACUGCGAGAGAAACUGGACAACCUGGCCGACGCAUCCGAAAAGAUCAAGGCAGUCAGCUAUUACACUCACCCGCUGAACGUGUGGCAAAUGUCGAAAAUCUUUCUCCAUCACGCGUUCAUCGUCCUGGAAACGGACAGCUGGUUCUGGUCCAUCGAGAAGGACGAGGGAGGCAUCACCAUUCAACGAUCAAAGUACAUCGCCAAUGUCCGCGACAACUGCCGAAGAUGCGGCCGCAUGACCGGCAUAACCACCGGGAUCGGUUUGUUGAAAAAAGGACCCAGCGACGCCACCGUGAUGGAAGUGGUCGAUUAUUUGUGGCGACAAGACUGCAUGAAUUUGAAUUACCAUUUCCUAAACAACAAUUGCCAGCAUUUCGCAAACAUAAUUUACAAUCAAUUUGUUCGAUACCCACCAAAAGAGUGGGUCAUACCGUUCGUCAAGUUGCCUGCAAUACCCACCCAAAUGUGACCAGUUGCUAAUUAUUGUUCGGACUUCAUUUUGUUUUUCCCACGUAUUGUCGCCAGCUAAAUCAAAUGUAUAACUCCGUGUGAUUUGAUUUUGUUUUUAAUUAGUAAAUAAAAGGAUUGAUAC